GAAACGUCCCACUACCGUUAUGGUGACGUUAACUUACAAAUAAUGCGAACGAGAAGAUCUUACUUUACACCAUGUUGCACCCUAAACGUUGAGUUAUCUUAGAAAGGAUAUCUGAAAGGAGUCAUCAAUUGUCUUAUAUUGUAUACAGGUUGAAUUUACCAUGUGCAUAAUGCGAUUGACACAGUGAACAAGUGACACACUAGCAUCUAGGAGGAAAUUUUGGACAGACAGGAAUUCGAACCCGGAACCCCUAGGCCUAGUGUAUUACUAGCCAGAUGCAUUAUACCUAACCGCCAAUCCAUCUAGGUCGACAUCGACGGUGUCUUAUUGGAAUCAUCCAAAAAAGAAAGUUCAGAGGAAAUCUUGGACAGACAUACAGAAAUCAGCGGACCACCUACCAAAACUGAGACUUUGAUGGAAGAGCCAGAGAGAAGCAAAGAAAUGAGUGGAUCAUCCACCAAAAAUGAGAGUUUGAUGAAAGAGCCAGAGAGUCACACAGAAAUGAGUGGAUCAUCCACCAAAAAUGAGAGUUUGAUGAAAGAGCCAGAGAGUCAAACAGAAAUUAAUGGAUCAUCCAUCAAAAAUGAGAGUUUGAUGGAAGAGCCAGAGAGUCAAACAAAAAUGAGUGGAUCAUCCACCAAAAAUGAGAGUUUGAUGGAAGAGCCAGAGAGUCACACAGAAAUUAGUGGAUCAUCCACCAAAAAUGAGAGUUUGAUGGAAGAGCCAGAGAGUCAAACAGAAAUUAAUGGAUCAUCCACCAAAAAUGAGAGUUUGAUGGAAGAUCCAGAGAGAAGCAUAGAAAUGAAUGGAUCAUCCACCAAAAAUGAAAGCUUUAAGGAGGAUUCAGAGAGUGGCAUGGAAGUCAGUGAAACACACAGCAAAGGCGAGAGGUCAGGGAAGUUAAAAAAGAAUGUGAAAAACAAGGGACCACCUCGAAAGAAAAUAAGAAAAGAGAAACCAAAUGAAGACCAUGAUUCAUCCAAAACUGCUGCUGAGCGCCGUCGAGAAAGAGAUAAACGUCGAUUAGAAAGAGAAAGGAAUGCAGUCAUUCAACUAGGCAAGGCGACAGCAGAGCUGACAGGGUCCAAGCCACAGUCCAAAGCCGAGACACUUGAAACAUCAAACGAUCUCCUUAAGCAGCAGAUUAAAGAUAGAGCAAAAGGAUCUGAUACAGAGGAAUCUAGUGUCACACAAGAAAGAGAAGGUUUAGAUGAUUCAAAAGGAAGUAAAACCAUACUUCCAGAAAAUAAAACUGAACUACAAAGGCAUCUAAAGGAAGGAAAGAUCACCAUUCACCAUGCCAGGGGUAUUCUUGUUGGGUGUGCUGAAGCUGGAAAGACCACACUGUUGAAAAGGUUACUAGGACAGACACAGGACGAGGUGGAGGACAUCGAGUCGACCAGGGGCUUAGAAGUCCAUCAGCAUCUGUUUAACAUCAGAAAAGGGAUUCUUGAAGUAAUUGGUGAUGACAAAACCCAAAAUGCCUUUCUCAGAGUGUCGGUUUCUGACUUGAAGCGUAAUCCAAACAUUGAGGUUCAACAGAGUGGCAAAUCUAAACCAGAGGACAAAGAAGAGGACAAAUCUAAAUCAGAGGACAAAGAAGAGGACAAAUCUAAAUCAGAGGACAUAGAAGAGGAAAAAUCUAAAUCAGAGGAAAAAUCUAAAUCAGAGGACAAAUCUAAAUCAGAGGACAUAGAAGAGGACAAAUCUAAAUCAGAGGAUCCCCAAGUGUCAGACACCAGUGCUAUUACAAAGGAUCAAAUUCUAUUGAACAUUUUGAAUGAAAGAGAGAGUUUACCAACCGUUAGUAUCCUGGAUUUUGCCGGACAAUUAGCGUAUUAUGCAUGCCACCAGAUUUACAUUACGCCAAAGGCCUUCUUUGUCCUGGUGUUGGACAUGAGUCAGAGGUUUGAAGAUGUUGUCAGUGCAGAGAAAGAUAAUCGGGAAGGGUCCAUUUUCUCAGCCUGGACUUACAAAGACUACCUGAAGUUUUGGAUAAACUCAAUCAAGACUUUUGGAAGUACCAAGGCUCCGCUGUUUGUUGUAGCAACACACACAGAGGAAAAAUCUGAAGAGAUACCGAGAGGUUUACAAUCAUCAAACCUUGAGAUAGAAGAGUACAUGCAAGAGUUUUGGGAGUUGGUUCCGAAUGAAGACAGAGAUUGGUUUUUUGAGUCUCUUGAUGACCGUGAGUACGCACUAGGUCUUAUUGAGCUUAGUGAGAAAAGCAUGGAAAUGCUUGAGUCCAUUAAGACCUCCAUAGUCAAAGUGGUGUCAGAAAACAUCAACACAAAGAUUGAGGUACGAUCUUCCUGGGCCUUGCUGGAACAGUCUAUAUCAGAUGGAGGGAGGAAGGUUAUGUCCCUUGCGGAAAUUUCUGAGAUCAACAAAUCCCUCCCUCGUGAAUACCAGCUUAAAAGUUCUGUGGAAAUAUCAAAGUUUUUGAGGUGCUUUCACGACAAUGGCUUAUGUUUAUAUUUUAAAGAUGAAGGAUUAAGAGAACAUGUUAUAUGGGACAUUCAGUGGUUUGCUAGUGCAUUUAGUAAGCUCAUCGCUGAUAAAAGUCACAUCACAAAAGACUGCAAAAGGAGGUAUAUUAAGGAGUGGACGUCAUUCAACAGAUCAGGGGAACUGAAAGAAAAACUAGUGGAUGCCCUCUGGAAAGACGAAGCUUCAUAUUUGAAUCACAAAUCGCAGAUUGUGUCAUACAUGGAGAGACUGCUAAUGAUUGUUGCCAUCAGUUCAAAAGGUGCUACAUCAGAAUCGGGAAUGUCCUGGUACAUUCCGUGCAUGAACAAAAAAGUUCUUGAGAAAGGCAUCUUCGAGAGAAAUUGGGAGUAUUCGUCUGUUUUGUGCUUCAGAUUCACAUCAUUCGCCAUGUUUGUGUUUUACAGGCUAAUAGCCUAUUGUAUGGGUUCCCUCAAAUGGCGGGUUUCCUCAGACGGAGAAGGCAGUCAAGCUCUCUAUCAAACAGCAGGAGUGUUUGAUUACAAAAAUCACACCGUGGUCAUCGGUAUCAAUGAUAACGACAUACAGGUUCAAGUGAUGCGUAUCAAACCAUCAUGUGUGGAGAAUGAGGUAUCACAAAACGUCGGAGAAUCCGUGGAAACUGCCCUACAAGAACUGACAAAGACAUUUAAUGAGCAAACACUAUUUGAGAAAGGAUACAAAUGUCAGAACGUCAUUUGUAAUGCGGAUGAUCGAUCGUUUACCCCCGCCAGUGAGCUGUCCCAGAUUGAGGCUGAGGUCGUACAAUGUGCACACUGUCCAAUUUCUGAGAAACACGACGUCAAUGUGCAGAAAAUCCUGGGUUUCUGGGAAAAGAGAGUUGCAGAGGAACUGAAAACCGGAGAGAAGGAUGUUGAAAACAUACAAACAAGCCUGCUGCACGGAGAACCUCACAGGAAAAUGUUUGAUAGCAGUUAUCCCUACAGUGAUGGGGAUGCAAUAUUCAAAAGCGAUUUGUGCGACCGGAUAGGCUGCAUAAAAAUAAAAUGUCCGGACAGUUCUGGGACAGGGUUCAGAGUGGGCAGCAACUACGUCAUCACGGCGUAUCAUGUCAUGGAGGACAUUCUCGUCAAGUUUUGGAAGGUGGUAUAUCAAAAGCUGACUGAAGAUGAGAGACAAAUCAUAAAAUGGACUACUGCUAAUUUGCCUCAGGCUGGCAGAUGGAGUUUAUCAAACAUUACCUCAUUGAUGGAUCCCAGCAGGCAAGGUAAAUUUGCUAAGAUAGGCAAAAGUAUGAUAACAGACAAAAGUGGAAUCUGUUUUGGAUAUAAGGAUGAGAAACCUGAAGCUUUCCGGAUGUUCUCUUAUGACGUAGCUUUUGCAUCUCCUCCACAUGAUGUAGUAAUCCUAGAACUGACAGACUCAAGAGAUGUACCUAAACCACUUUUACUCACGGACAUUUUUAUCCCUGGUGGUAAGCUGCACGUGAUUGGCCAUCCAAAUGGGAUUAAGCUACAACAUGACCCAGGAUGCAAGGUCAUCGAGGAUGAAGAAGAAUUAAGUGAUAUUGUCAAUCGCGGAAUUCAUUUUUUUACACAGGAAGGUCUUAAUGAACGCCAAGUGCGGAUGGACUAUUCUCCUUGCGUUCUUUCUGAAGAUCGUAUCUUGUUUCACUGCUCAAAAACCACUGCGCACGGUGCGUCAGGUUCUCCUCUCAUUGUCAUCAAGGACAUGCCCCCUAGUAACAAGAAGACAGCCCUGGUAACAGGGAUGCUGUUGAGGGGACACCCUGGUCUCUACUACAAUCGUAGUAAAGGUAAGGAGGUCCCCACAGAGCUACUUUUAGAAACCGGAAUCUCCAUGGAAAAAAUCUCGUCUCUCCUUUCAGAGCAUUCUCUACAGCAGCUGGCAGAUGAAUUGUUCUCAGAAAAUUAGGUACAACAGUGUGAAACUGCAUGCAUGAGUCUCUUACUGUACCUGCAUGUGUUCUUACAUUCUGUAUUAAGAUAGAAGAGUCUGCUCUGUGAUCAGGAGGUCGCGAGUUCGAACCCCGCUCAUGUAAUUGCCGCAUCAGACCUAAGAAAGCUAAGAUGUUAUCAUAGGCAGUGGUGACUACUGGUCUUUCGGAUAUAACCUUCGCAUCGGAAGUCAAGAGUCAUUUUAGGCUUGAUCAUUAUAAACAACCCUUCUCCCUAAAGCGUGUAGAAGUCAAUAUAUGUGUCACUUUACAUAUAUGUGGUUACGUCUUAGUGUGAAAUAUUGAGACUUACAAAUAUCGUCCACAAAAAAAAUCAAAUUAAGUAAGCUACAUGCAGACUUGUAAAGGUUUUCUUUUCAAUUGACUGGGUGGAAUAAAUGCAUGAUACACUGUGUUUAAUAAAAUAAUGCUUCAAAUAUUAUUAAUUUAUCAUUGUGAAGGUUCCCGUUUUCUAUGCAAGCAAUAUUCUUUUUUGCAAGACUGAAUUUAAGUGUUCAACCAUUCUGUUAAAUGAAUGGAAAUAUAUUUCAUAAUUCUAAUUUGGGUCUUUGGACAGAACUAGAGUGAACUAGAUUUUGCUUUCAAGCUUCAGUGAUAUUUUAGAUUUUGAAAUGUUGAAGUUUUCAAAUUCUCUGUUGACAAAAAAGGUAUUGAUCAUUGCAAUGGGUUCUGUUGCAAUUUAUUUUGUUUCCCAAUGACGAAUUUUGUCGCAAUUUAUUAGCUUACCUGAGCUGAAAGUUCAAUUGAGCUUUUCUGAUUGUCUGUUCUCCGUCGUCUGUCUGUAAUCUUUUUAUAUUUUCGACUUCUUUUCCAGAAUUACUAGGCCAAUUAUAACCAAACUUGGCCAUAAGCAUCUGUGGGUGAAGGGCUUUCAAGUUUGUUUAAGUGAAGGGCCAUGCCCCCUUCAAAGGGGAGAUAAUCACAAAGAUGCAAGAUUAGGGUGUGGUCAUUUAAAAAUCUUCUUCUCAAGAACCACUGGGUCAGAAGAGCUUGAAUUUACAUGAAAGCGUCUUGAUAUAGUGCAGAUUCAAGUUUGUUAAAAUCAUGGGCCCUGGGGGUUGGAUGGGGCUACAAUAGGGGAUCAAAGUUUUACAUACAAAUUUAUAGGGAAAAUCUUGAAAAAUCUCCUUCUCAAAAACCACUGAGCCAGAAAGUUACAUGAAAGCUUCCUGACAUAUAGUGCAGAUUUCAGUCCGUUAAACACAUCCCCUUUCGGGGGGGGGGGGGGGGGGGGGGGGGGGGGGGGGGGCUAGGAUGGGCCACAAUAGGUGAUCAAAGUUUUGCAUAACUAAUAAAUAGAAAAAAAAUCUUUAAAAAAUUUUCUUCUGAAGAACCAUUUGGCCUAAGAACUUUACAUUUGUACGAAAGUGCAGAUUCAAGUAUGUAACAAUCAUUGAAUAUGAGCCAAGGUGACUCAGGUGAGCAAUGUGGCCCAUUGGCCUCUUGUCAUACAUUAGGUUAUUCUACAUGUACAAGGUCAACUACGGCUUAUAGGAAAGAAUUGUUUUAUAUGUGACAAAACUGCUGUUUAAAUGUGAACAUUUGAUGUGGUGUAACACAUGAAGUUGCACAAAGCGCAGUUAACUUUUACUAACAGUUACAGUGUAAAUAUCCAUGUUUCUAACAUUCACAGUGUUAACAAGACAUUGACUGUCAGCUAAACUUCAUUUACGUUUGUGCAAUCUUUUAAACUUUAAUUUCAUUUUAUUUAGCUUAAUUAGAAAUAAGCUGUCAAAUAUGGGAGUUAAUUCAGUAAUCUAUGUGCUGGUUUUUGUAUACCACUGUAUAUCACUACUGUACUUGAAAGUUGUUUGUGAAAAUAAAUUUAUUUAUCAUCAA